GUGAAGGGGUUGUUUAGUAAAUCUUUCUCCUUUUAAGGAUCCAUUUUCGGAGACCAUUUGAAAACACCAGUUUCUUUUUUGUCUUUGGGGAGAUCCUAGGUUUCAUCAAGUCAGCUGAGUUUGACAAUAUUCCUCUCUGCCAGAUUUAGAGACAGGCCUUGGCUGUUUUGAAUCACCUCUCCAUGGAGCACAGAGAUGAUGAUGAUGAUGAUGAUGUGUCUUUUGCCAAGUGGAUGAGCAGCUUCUGGGGUCACAGCUGGAUAGAGGAGGAUGAGAGAGGACUCCGGGCCCGCCGAGGAUCCCAGGACACCAGUUACAGGAAAGCUUCCCUGCCCUGCCCAUUUCCUGUGCUUCCCAGAGUCACAUCAUAUGACAGCCAUCCUAGAAGGCAUUCUCAUGAGGACCAGGGAUUUCGAUGUCGUAACCACAUGAGGGAUUAUAGAAAACGCUCAGAGGAUGGGCCCUUCAAGGACCCAUUGGAAUCAAACAGAAGAUCCCAUUCCAAAACACGGACAUUUUCAGAGUCCUUUGAACAACAACUGUGCUUUAGAACCAAACGCUCUCUGUCUUUGAUGCCCAAGGGCGGUUACUCGCUGUGUUGUAAAGAAGAGUAUCUCCCCAAACUACUUACAACUAAUACUAUAAUUGAUUGAUUAGGUAAGACACAAACUAACGCUGACAUAAACAGUAGAAAGAAGGAACAGGAGAAGGAAAAAAGAGGAAAACAGUGAAAGAAAAGUAAAAUAGUGAUGAUCUUUGACUUGAAUUAUUUCAAUUUUCAUACUGCUUACACCUGCAUCCAUUUUGUCGCCUUUAUACACAGUUUUAUACUUUUCACACACGUAAAAGAUAACUGCAAGCUUUACACGGUGACCUUAGCCUGUUAUUUGCCGCCCCUGCGGGGGAGGAUGGGGCCUGACCUGCCACCAAGGGCAGCACUGUGCUGUAGUUGUGGGAAAGCCCAGGUUUCCUUCAGCGCUUUUCUGUCUUGUUAACCAAGUUUCUGAGGAUGGUCUGCCCACUGGCUCUGACCCCGAUAGAAAGGGCU